AUGGCUAGAGUAGAAGCUCUGAUAGAGCGACUGGUUAGAAAAGCUGAUGAUCGAUCGGAUGAGGCACCAACCAAAUAUGGCAUCCACACGCCUGGUGAACCUCCAGGGUUUACAUCCCAACAAAAUGUGACGCCUAGAGAUGCUCGAUUAAGUGAAGUAAUGCCUGUGUCAUCGUCGGCACUGCGAGAGUUAGGUAUCUCGAUACCCGAUCGGACUAUCAGCCCUAGUAAUAAGAGGUACGCCGAGCUUUCGAAAGCUUUGCUCGCUGCUUUCCCUGCCAUGCACGACGCACGUAUCCUUCUAGAUGCUACCCAAAAUGCUACCCUAUGUUUGUAUCAAAUUUUGACGAAGUCGGAAAGAGAGUUGGAGGAAGAAGGGGUCGAUACAUGUUGGAGCUUUGAGGAACUGCCGAACCCCGACGUGCAUCCAGUCCUGAUAGCUAGGCAGAUGCUUAUUUUUGCCUCAUUAUUACAGCAGCUCGACUUUAAGCAAUUCAAGGACUGCGGUCUGUCGGAGGCACCUGACACCAUCAUGCAAAGACUUGCAGACACCGCAAUCCGUCUAGUUACCGCCAAUGAGGAGUUCACUGGCACAGCGGAGAGUUUGGAAUGCAUCGUCUUGGAGGGUAUGUUCCAUGGCAGUUGUGGCAACCUACGUAGAGCAUGGCUUGCAUUCCGAAGGGCGGUUACUGCCGGCCAGCUGAUGGGAAUCCAUCGCUCGGGUAGUCUUAUGUACACGAUUGACCCGACUAGUACAUUAAACCCGCAGGUAUUGUGGUUCCAGAUCGUAUGUAUGGACCGCGCCCUGUCAAUGUUGUUAGGACUUCCCCAAGGCACCAAUGACAGAAAGAUGGGUUGCGAUGCUGCAAUGGCGAGCGAUACACCGAUCGGCAGACUUGAACGUACCCAUGCCGUGAUUGCAUCGCACAUCUUAGAGAGCCGCGACGAUGGCGCUCUUGGUCUAGACUACAAGACUACGCGAGAAUUUGACGAAGAGCUGCUAAGGGUAGCGAACAAUGUACCGGGUAAAUUUUGGCUACCACCCACUUUCCUCGGAUUCGAGGCAGACAUUCGAUAUGAGUUCAUGGAGACCAUGCGGGUUGUCAAUCAACUUGCGCACUAUGAUCUCAUUUCCCAGCUUCACCUACCGUACAUGCUUAGCUUCGCCACUGUGGGUGAAGACCAGUAUCAAUACUCUAGAAUGGCAUGCGUCAAUGCCAGUCGCGAGAUUCUGACUCGCUUUCUUGCAUACUCUAACUUCAAGCUGUUAACGUAUUGUUGCCGACGGAUUGAUGUGUUUACACUUACUGCUUGUAUGACACUCUUGCUUUGCCAUCUGGUCAGCCAUCGACCAGUAGGGGAUAAUCCCUUGACCCAUCAACGACAUAGCGAUCGUGCUAUGACAGAACAAGCACUUGAGAAUAUUCGCCAGCUAAGACGGGUAGACGAAGCUGCUAUCGUCAAGAACGGUUUGAAUAUACUUCGCUGUCUCCUUAGAGUUGAAGCGGAAGCAGCAGAGGGUCGGAACUUCAGAGCCCAGUUGGUGCAGAGACAUACAAGGUUGAAGGAAGACCCCAACACCCUGCUAAUGAGUAUACCAUCUAUCGGGGUUAUUAUGGUCACCCGCAGUGAUAAGGCUUCCCAAAACACUAAUUUUCAAUUUGAUCAGCGUGAGUUAGCAAGGAAUGAACAGAUCAGCAAUGCAGGCUCUGCGGAAUUAUUUAAUCGUAUUCUCAGCGAGCAAGAACCAUCAGCAGUUCUUCAGACGUCAGGAAUUGGACAGUUUCACGGCAUAGUGGAUAAUAUAACAACUCCGUAUAUGCAUCCCAGUGCAACAGCAAGCAUUGAGGAUUGGGCUUUCCAGGGGGUGGACAUGUCAUUUCUUGACAGCAUAAUACACACAUCAGAUAGCUCCCAGGAGUGGCUGGCCACUGGAUUAUGA